GAUUCAGGGCCCAGACGAGGAUCAACUAGCAGUUGAAGGAAAGACUAACAACACUCAGACAGACCAGGCAGCAAAGGUCAAAGGUGAAAUGGACCUGGACAAUGACUGGUCAGAGAGUGACAGUGAGACUGAGGAAAUUACAGCUGAUUUUGAGAUUGAUGAGGAAACAGACCAACCAGCAACGUGCGGAGGUAAGAAGACAGUCAGUGGAAUUACAAUGAGGAGUGCUGAUCUUGUUUGACAGCAUGUGAAAAUCAUCACUAAUAUUUUAUAAUUGUAGGAAACUCCCAUGAAAUCAUUAACACUUACCUUUUCACCCACAUUUUCACACACCAUUUUAUUCAAAUGUCAGAUUACUCCAUCUCUAUUGCAGAGGAGGUUAAGAUUCAGGACCCUGACAAGAAUCAACCAGCAAAGCUCAAAGAUUCCUCCAUCUUCUUGGCUGGUGCUGAGGUCAAACAGACCCAGUGCAAAGAUGUCUCCUUGGUUGCUGCAGCUGAGUCAAAGACUCUGAACCCUCAGGAGGAGCAGCCAGCAAAGUGUAAAGAUUUGUCUGUGUUUGCUGCAGCUGUAGGAAAGACUCAGGACUCAGCAAAGGUCAAAGGUGAAAUGGACCUGGAUAAUGACUGGUCAGAGAGUGACAGUGAGAUUGAGGAAAUUACAGCUGAUUUUGAGAUUGAUGAGGAAACAGACCAACCAGCAACGUGCGGAGAGGAGGUUAAGAUUCAGGACCCUGACAAGAAUCAACCAGCAAAGCUCAAAGAUUCCUCCAUCUUCUUGGCUGGUGCUGAGGUCAAACAGACCCAGUGCAAAGAUGUCUCCUUGGUUGCUGCAGCUGAGUCAAAGACUCUGAACCCUCAGGAGGAGCAGCCAGCAAAGUGUAAAGAUUUGUCUGUGUUUGCUGCAGCUGUAGGAAAGACUCAGGACUCAGCAAAGGUCAAAGGUGAAAUGGACCUGGAUAAUGACUGGUCAGAGAGUGACAGUGAGAUUGAGGAAAUUACAGCUGAUUUUGAGAUUGAUGAGGAAACAGACCAACCAGCAAAGUGCGGAGGUAAGAAGGCAGUCAGUGGAAUUACAAUGAGGAGUGCUGAUCUUGUUUGACAGCAUGUGAAAAUCAUCACUAAUAUUUUAUAAUUGUAGGAAACUCCCAUGAAAUCAUUAACACUUACCUUUUCACCCACAUUUUCACACACCAUUUUAUUCAAAUGUCAGAUUACUCCAUCUCUAUUGCAGAGGAGGUUAAGAUUCAGGACCCUGACAAGAAUCAACCAGCAAAGCUCAAAGAUUCCUCCAUCUUCUUGGCUGGUGCUGAGGUCAAACAGACCCAGUGCAAAGAUGUCUCCUUGGUUGCUGCAGCUGAGUCAAAGACUCUGAAACCUCAGGAGGAGCAGCCAGCAAAGUGUAAAGAUUUGUCUGUGUUUGCUGCAGCUGUAGGAAAGACUCAGGACUCAGCAAAGGUCAAAGGUGAAAUGGACCUGGAUAAUGACUGGUCAGAGAGUGACAGUGAGAUUGAGGAAAUUACAGCUGAUUUUGAGAUUGAUGAGGAAACAGACCAACCAGCAAAGUGCGGAGGUAAGAAGGCAGUCAGUGGAAUUACAAUGAGGAGUGCUGAUC